GGUACGAUUGUUGGCAGUAUCAGCGCUUCUUCAUCUUACACGCUUGCUGAAGUCGACUGACUAAUCAACAUAAUCAGGGAAACUCAUUAGUAUACUACCUUUUAAGAUGUUCAACGCAAUAACCAAUUUCACAAUCUCAUGUCAUCUACCGUACCCAAUGUACCCACGGAAAUGAGCAACUUUCACAACGCGAAUAACGAAUUGGAGUUGCUACGACCUGCUGUCAAUGGCGAGAUGCUACCCGAGCUGACCCCGCGUCCAGCGACUGACGAAUCCCCAAACCAACCACUGCGGAAGAUCGCCAGAAGCAAGCGACAGAAAACUUUCACAGGCUGUUGGACAUGUCGCGAACGUCACGUCAAAUGUGACGAACAGCGACCAGCGUGUCAGCGUUGUGUUACUGGCAAGUUUACAUGUCAGGGAUAUGGUACACGACUGACUUGGCUCUCACCUACGGGACAAGGAACAUCAACCAGCGGUGGCCGGCGUCGAGCGCGGACGAAGGUCAGCUCUUCAUUGCAGAACCUUUCGCAAUCGCCGUAUCAAGAUACAUAUACAGCUAUUGAUGCUCAAAGGACCGGUCCGCCUCUAGCAUUCCGGGCUUGUGAGCAACGCCUUGGGAUUGAAGAGGUCAGGCAAGCUGGUAGAAUUUCUGCAAGGAAGGAGCUACCGUAUCUGAACGUCCAAUCAUACGAUCAAGGACUGGAAGUACUUCGGAAUAGUAGAUUGGAUGUUGGGUGGAAUUCUUUCGAUGCCUCCAGUCACUCGGAUCUACCCCUCAUAGGUAAUCCGGCAUGGCCACUAGAAGCAUCAUUAGCUCCUGCUCGAGAAAGAGAACUCAUCAACCACUGGGCGACGAACCUCGCACACAGAAUGAUACCCAUUCGCAGCCCAGCGAACCCAUUUCUGACGACUGUAUCGCCCAUGGCUCUCGAGGGAAGCCGCCUCGCCAAGACGAGAUCAACGUCUACCGUCGCUCUGUUCCACGCCGUCUGCGCCAUCUCCGCGGCCCACCAGGCGAACCUCAGAGGCACCGACUCCCAUGCCGGCUACGCAGAUCUGAUGCUCCGGCAUAAACAGCUGAGCUUCCACCAUCUCAUGCAAAACAUUAAAUGCAGAGACCACGACGAGCGGAUGGCGAGCCUGGCCACUCUCUGCCUAUGGAUCCUCACCCACUUCAUCACCGGCACUGCGGGCGCCUGGCGUGAGGUCAUAAAGGUGACCCGGGACCUCCUCGACGAUACGAGCAUUGAAAUCUGGAGGCAGUCGACUACCGCCGCCUUGACAUACGAGUCCUGCGCUUCCACCUUUGCCACAGUACUUGCGCAGUAUCUCGGACGACUAGACGCUCCCGUCCCGAUGAAGACAUAUCUGCCAGAUGUCGAGCUGUCCAAGAGCCAGAUUAUGCCGGUACGAUCUCUCGAGCUGGUCUGUUCCUUCAACGCAAAACUUGUGCGGACCCCAGUCCUUGCAGAAGAGGACCUCGACCAGCUGGAGAUCGAAUUUGCCUUGUCUGCGCCCGAGCCCUCUGUAGACUACGACGCCAGCAAUACGGAGUCGGCCAUGGUGCACCACCACCGUUCACUAUUCUACCACGCGUGCCUACUCUAUUUCAAGGGCAACUCUGGGAGGCGAGGCCUCGAAGAGGACGUCCAAGAUCUGGUUGCUAGGUGUCUCGACCACAUGGAGCACCUCGAAUCCCUGCAGAAAAACAGCAGCCCCAAAGCGUGGAUCUACGCCACAGUGGCCUUCGAGGCCAGAACGCCGGAGCUGCGAGAUAGGGCAAGAUUACUAUUCUCCAGACGAAAGUCACUUGGGAUCGCUACCUGGGAUACACUGCUUCUCGCUGUCGAAGAGGUCUGGAAACGCCGCGACUUGGAUGCCGCUGAUGUCUCACCGGAGCCUUGGACGCGCGUCCUUUCACAGAUGCCAGAUUUUGAUGUGAUCCUCUAUUGAGACAGUUUUCCGUGAAGACUAAUCAUGCCUUCCUC